GCGCGCGCGUGUGUAUUUGUGCUUGAAAGUGUGUGUGCUGAUAUACUGACAGAACUUGCUUCUACUUGUCAUUUGAAUGGAUGUUCACGACUUCUGGGAAGUACUAAAUUCGCUUAAGUUCAUUUCAAAUAACCAACAGUAUUUCACGAUUAAGCAAAUAUUUUACUUGCUUUUUAGUCGUAUAGCUAUCAUCGCCAGUGGCCCGUGAGUCCGUCUAUUAGGAUUUAUAAGUGUAAGAAAGUACUCUUUCUUAAUUAAGCAGACGUUCUACGCUAUAGCCAAGACGUCUUUCUCGGUUAAGUGGACGUUCAAUGAUAUAGUCAACUCUUACAUGCUCCUUCCACUCUGCUAUGAACAUCCCGAAAGAAAACAAAAGCAACAAUAACAGGGGCGGCGGCGGCAGCAGCAGCAGCAAUGAAACGUCUAAUUUAAUUGAAUGAAUGAAUGGAUGGAAAGACGUUCGACUAUUUCUCGCUACACCCCUAGUGUCUUCGAUUGCAACUGCAGCGACCAAACAAACACGUGAACCAGCAGCAACAACAACAACAACAGCUGCUGCAGCAACAGUAGUAGUAGUAGUAAUAUCAGCAGCUGUAACAACAACAGCAUCAUCUGCAGUUCGAACCGCUGCAUCUUUUCAUUCGUGGUUUGAUUGAUACAUGAUGAAAUUACACGCAAGAUUCCAUGCCCAGCUCAGUGAGGGCGACUGUUCGUUAUGUUGAAGAUGCCUUAACUUAAAAACACUGCAAAGAAUGUCAUCCGUUAUGGUGCGGCAUUUCUUCUUUAUUCCAUAAUGCUGUUCUUCUGGAAGUGGAAUCGUAAACUCAAGCCGACAUUUGUUACCCUGAUAUGCAUUGGCGUUCUGCUUUUGUUACGUAACUUGGCAUUUGACAACAGCAUCUACAAGAGCAUUACCCUACAGCAGAAAAAAGAAUACCAGUUAUUCUCGUCUUUCUAUCGAAUACGAGAUAGGUUUAAGAAUCCAUUUCAGAGAUCUGCACUUCGGCUAAAUGACCUUGUUGUUUCCACCAUACCAAAUAAGACCGUUCAAUCAAAGAACAUUGUCUGCCAACAUCCAAAGCUGGAUUUGCAGAGCGACACAAACAAAAAUGCCUUCUAUGAUGUUGGAUCUAUUCAAUGUUUUGGUUCUGAGAUUUUCAGUAUGGAAAAUGGUAAGUUAAAAAUGGACAGCGCUUUACUUCAUGGAGACCGUAUCAAGCAGUGUACGUAUCAGGCUAUAGAACGCAUUGAUGAUAACUAUGCCACUUAUACUGCACCCAUUGGUGGUGAUAAUGUCAACUAUCCUUUCAACAUUGUUGUACAGCAUGAUUUCAUCAGAGUUCAAUGCUUCAUUGAAACAAAGGAUGUAGUCUUAGAUUCUACAAGACAUCUGUUAUCUCUCUCUUCUAGACAAAAAAGUAAUGUUAACUCUGAAGAUAAACUUCAUUACAAAAAACUGGUAUUAAAUGCUAAUAGAAUUUUGAGAUAUAGAGAUGUUGCAGACCAAUCUGAAACCACAAAAGUGUCAAAGAUUACCAAAGGUGAUAAAGAUAUCAGAAAAAGACCUUUCACAGACAAAGAAGUUCACAAAGGUAGCCUUUUGAAUAAUGGUUUAAAAUUUCAUAGAAAUAAUCCUCAAAAGCUAGGCAACAAAAUGGUACGUUCCUCUUUUAAAACAAGUGAUGAUAAUUUUGAUCCGAUGAUGAAAUAUGGUGUGAAAGCUCUCGGUCAAUACCAAAACAGAAAUAAGCCUAGUUUAUUACGAUCUACCAAUCAAAGAAGUAAAAGGAACAACUACAAAAAAUUAGGAAAUUUUCCAUCAGGGAAAGUAAAUAAUUUAACAUCAGGUAUAUCUUUAAAAGUAGCUUUUAAUUCCUCUAAUAAGAGUUAUAAAAACAACCAUAUUGCUUCUAUGAAGUCUAAAUUUACGGAUAAAUUCCGACACAGUCUCAAUUCUGUUUUCAACGGUGCUUUAUAUCAAGACAAAAAUGGUUCAUUUUUAGCCAAUAUCACUGCACAAAACGUGAAGAAAAUUAUUCAUCAAAAUGCCCAUUCUUCACUUAAACUGCCAAGCAAUAUAAAUAUAUUUAAUUCAAAUAGUUCAGGAAAGUAUAAAAGAAUUCCAAAGAAACUUACAUAUCCAAGCAAUAAUCUUUUUAUACAAAACCAACAAAGCAAUCAUUCCAAAGGCAUCAGCCGAUUUCUCAAAACUCCGGAUGUUGUUAAAUCUUUACAGAUUGACAUGAAAAAUCACUAUGAUCCACGGAAAAGAAGCAACAGGAUCAUUGCGAAAACUAAACAGAAACAUCUGCCCUCAAAGAAGAGAUCUAUAAAUGGCGUAAUUUCUUCUUCAAAUGGUUCUAUCUUGCCAAAAUCUAAACCUUCAGACAGUUCUGCCAACCAUCAGUCUUUACCCCAAAGUAAUGAAUCAGAAAUUCCUCAACUGAUGCUCCUCCCCACUAUUUCCAAAUUGAAUUCUCUGAUCUACCCAGAAAACCAAAUUCAAGUCAAAGCCAAACCAAAACCCAAACUCCAAGAAAAAGAUGUAGUAAAUGUAAAAUUUUUGAAUUCUUCUCCAAUGAAACCUAGAAGCCAGUCUCAUCCAAAUAUCAAAACAGUUCAUAAUCAACUUAGCUCACACCCAAUGAUCCAAAUACUGAGACCAAAAGAUACUUUUAAAAAAUACCCAUAUACAACAAAAUCUAAAAUCCUGCCAAAUAAUCUUCAGAUUGUUCCACCAAAACUUGAGAAACCUAAAAGAAAAACUGAGAAGGAAAAGAAAUCACACAUUUUCCAUAACUUCGAUAUUGAAGAUAUGACUGAUACCUUGUACUAUGAUAAUUCCAAAGAAACCUACUUAAAUCUUCCACCCGAACAAUAUGGUAUUUACAACCAACUUCCAGAUAUUGAACAGUUCUUUGUUCAAAUCUAUCCAAAACCUGAGGUAUUUCAACGUAUUUCAGACAUCCCUCAGUUUGUGCAUUUGAACACAAUUCCUCUGAAUAUUCUCAUCUAUGGACUGGAUUCUUUAUCUCACUUGUCUUUCCAACGUAAACUACCAUUGUCUUAUAAACAUCUGAAAGACUCUCUCGGAGCAGUCAUAAUGAAUGGUUACAAUAUUGUUGGAGAUGCUACAGCGGCUGCAAUAAUUCCAUUGCUCACUGGAAGAACAGAAACUGAAUUACCUGAAGUCCGUAAGAACCAACUUACUUCAGGAUUUGUUGAUGAUUAUCCUCUGGUAUGGAACAAGUUCCGUUCGAAAGGCUACGUCACGUUAUUUGCCGAAGACUGCCCUAGUCUUGGUGUAUUCAAUCUACGUUUCAAUGGUUUCUACAAUGCGCCGACUGACCACUACAUGCGACCUUUCUGGCAAGCCAUCAGUGAAUCUGUGCUUGAUGAAAGCAGCAUCAACUUCUGUCUUGGCUCCAAACCAAAGCAUCAGUUCACUUUGGAUUAUCUCAAAGACUUUUUCCAGAAGUAUAACAAUGUAUCCAAGUUCGCAUUUGCUUUCCACGGAGAACUGUCUCACAAUGACAACAAUCCUAUCCAGUACCUGGACAAGGAUCUGCUGACAUUCUUUCAGUCCAUGGAGAAGGGAAACUACUUAAACAACACCUUAUUGAUAGUUAUGAGUGACCACGGAGCACGAUAUGGCAGUGUACGCAACACAGUCCAAGGCAAGCUGGAAGAACGCCUGCCUUUCAUGUCCUUCGUGUUCCCCAAGUGGUUUCAAUUGAAAUACUCAUAUUUUAUGAAAAAUCUGAGGGGCAAUCAGGAGAGACUAGUGACACCAUUUGACGUGCAUGAGACAAUGCUGGACAUACUUGACUCGACUCGUAUGUUUGAACCUGUUGAUUACUCGACUCGUGGUCUCAGUCUCUUGCAGCCAAUCCCACUUAAUCGAACAUGCAAAUCUGCUGGCAUUGCUAUGCACUGGUGUAGCUGCCUGUCGAGAUACCCUGUUGAUCCUUCCACCCAGCUUGUACAUUCAUCAAUGCAGAAAGUUAUGUCCUACAUUAGGACACUUCUGUUGCCUGUGAAACAUUUGUGUGGUCAACUUUCACUGAAAAAAAUAUUCUCUGUCUAUUUAGUGUCUCCGAAUGAGAAGGUUCUGAAAUUUAUUAGUUCCAAGGAUCCUGAUAACCGAAUUGCUAACUUCAGCCGGCAGACACUGCUGGAUACCAUCAAUUACCAACUGACCUUUGAGACAAAACCAAACAAUGGCCUUUAUGAAGCCAGCGUAAAGGUCAACCUUGAAAACCAAAAUUUCCAAGUUUUCCCUGAAAUCAGCCGUCUCAACAAAUAUGGCGAUGAACCAAACUGUAUCAGUGAGAAAUUCCCAGAUCUUCGAAAAUAUUGCUAUUGUAAGAAUGUUUGAGAAGCAGUGGUGCUGGUGAUGGUGGUGUGAUGACCCCCACAGGGCAAAGUGCAGUGGACUGAUCACUACAUUCUUUCUGUUCCAUUUUACCAUCAUUGAUAUUACUAUCAUCAUCAUCAUCAUCAUCAUAAUGUUAUUCAUUUCUUUAAAAAAUCCAAUGGUCUGUGUAAAUAUUAUUACCAUUAUUUAUUAUUAAGGCAGCGAGGUGGCAGAAUCAUCAGCACACCAG